AUGGAUCUUAGUUCCACCAACAACAGCUUCGACACUUCGAUGGACAACUCACACUACCAAAGUGCCUUCAGUACACCGGNUGCCUUCAGUACACCGGUGAAGGCAGCAGUCCAGUGUGGCCCUUUUUCGGGCGAAGAGAGUGAUGGUCAAGGUGACGGAUCCUCGUGCGCCUCGUCGCUCGCCUCAACCAGUCUUGACUUUAGCGUUCCAAAUGAUGAUCCCCAGCUUCUUGAUGACAAUGAUGAUGAUGAUCUUCAGCCGUUCUUCACCACAGCCAUUGAAGAAGGUGACAGCAUUCAGUCUUCGACCAGUUCACCAACACUAGUUGAGGAGCAGCCAAAUGAACCACCACAACAACCGCCACCACUUUUACCAUUUGCCAGCACCAAUCCAUUUGUCGAUCAUCUUUGUCCCCAAGUUUUAGCACCAGAAGAAGAAGAGAAUGAGGACAUCAGAAGUCUUUUGAGCAACCUCCGUUUACUGUCUUCUAAGCUGAUCGAAGUGGAGUCCGCCCAGAAGCAUCUCACCAGUCAAAUAAGCGGCCUUUGUCAGUCUGCCCAGCAGAUCAACCAAGAAUCAGCCCGCAUUCUUGAGAAAAUACUUUACAAAGAGAAAGUAUCAGCUGGUCAACAAAUUACAAAGGUGAAUGCUCAAACGCAAACCGAGUGUUUAGAUGCACAAAACCAAAACGAAUCACAAACAUCUGAUCCAGAUAUUUCAUCGUGCGUCUCAGCCAUGACAACACUGGUCGCAACAAACGCCUCGGGGCGCAAGUCCACGAAGGACCGAAAGAACACACACUCCUCAAAUAAGAACACCAAUGCCGCCGCCGUAGCAGCUGCUUCUGCCGCUGCCGCCGCCGCUGCGGCCAAUGCCUCUGCCACAGCGCCGAACUCGGCCAUCACAGCCGCCGCAAAUAACAGCUCAGCCGCCGCUGGAGCCGAGGAUGAUUUGCGUAAAUCGGAGAAAUUUCAGCCCACUGCGGAGCAGAUGCGCAUCGCCAGCCUCAUGAGUAGUGAUAAGAAGGACGCCGAAAAUGAUCUGAAGCCGAAGAUUGAGCAAAUCGUCGAGCUGACGGGCGCAAGUAGAGAGGACGCCGCCGUGGCGCUCUACGAUUGCGACAACGACAUGACCAAAGCCAUCGAGAUGAUACUGGAUGGAGACGCGCUGGACAGCGAGUGGCAGUCCACAGGACGGAAGAAGAAGACCAAAGCGCAGGCGCUAGCCGCUGCCAAAGUGGAGCUGGUGGCGUCGGAGGCGUUGAAGCACGCACUGGAAACCUCGCCAGNAAGGAGCGGCGGAGAACGAGGCGGCCGAGGCACGCGAACCUUUAUGAACCGCGGACUGAACAACAGCCAGGGCGGAGCUGGUGGCGUCGGAGGCGUUGAAGCACGCACUGGAAACCUCGCCAGUGGACCAGCAGGACCGAAUGACGGAGGUGCCGGCUUCCCCAACUCGAUUGAGACGUGGACGAACAGCAGUGUUCAGGAUCAGCAGGCGGUGGCGGGCGGCAAGCCCACCGACGACCAGAUGAACCAGAUUGGCAACUGGUCGGACAUUGUCGUCAAUGAGGACUGGAGUGAGGAGGACUGGACGGCACAGCCCAUGGAGACCAAGGUGUUCACGCCCAGCACAAAGACGAUUGCAGAGAAGGACGAGCCUGCGGCGCCGCUGAAUCACCACAACACCAGCGCCUCGCAGUUGUCUUUCAUUGCAAAGAGCAAUGCUGAGGAUAGCGGCAAUGCUACUGCUGCUUCUGUUCCUCAACAGCCACCAACGAUGAGCUCCGUUAUCUCCGCCAGUCUGAACAAGGCACGACAGACACAGCUGCAGCAGUCCGCCGGCCAGGCGCUCCUCCAGCAGAUUCAGCAGAAUCAGCCAUCUCAGCAACAGCAGCCGGCACAACAGGCACAGGUCCAGGCUCCAUCAUCGGUACAAAGUGCACCCCAGCAGCAACAGCGACAGCAGCUGUCCAAUUCCAAUCUCAACAAUCAUCAGCAGCAGCAAUCGCAACAGCAGCCGCCUCAGCAACAGCAACAGCCGACGUACCACCUAAGUCAGUACCAGAAGGACGCAACUGCAA